UGUCCUGGACCCAGAGAGGCCCCUGGACUCGCUACUGUCCCAGCUCUGCUCUCCCUGUCCCGCCUUCCCCACCGCCCGCCCCACUGGCCAGUCCCCACGCCCACACACCCGAGGCUGCCUCAUCUGGCACUGAUUAUCUCUGCUGCUGCUGCUGCUGCCGCUGCUGAACUCAGCUGCUGCCUCUGUCUUGAGGACCCCAGCGCCUCUCCCCCCGCCCGGCCAUGCUGCCUGCUGCCACAGCCUCCCUCCUGGGGCCCCUCCUCACUGCCUGGGUUCUGCUGCCUUUCGCCCAGGGCCAGACCCCCAACUACACCAGACCUGUGUUCCUGUGCGGAGGGUCUGUGACUGGGGAGUCCGGCUACCUGGCAAGUGAGGGUUUCCCUAACCACUACCCCCCCAAUAAGGAGUGCAUCUGGACAGUAACGGUCCCUGAGAGCCAGACUGUGACUCUCUCCUUCCGAGUCUUUGACCUGGAGCUGCACCCCUCCUGCCGUUACGAUGCUCUGGAGGUCUUUACUGGGACUGGAACCUCGGGCCAGCGGCUUGGACGCUUCUGUGGGACCUUCCGGCCAGCGCCCUUAGUCGCCCCUGGCAACCAGGUGACCCUGAGGAUGACAUCCGACGAGGGCACGGGAGGACGAGGCUUCCUGCUCUGGUACAGCGGGCGGGCCACCUCAGGCACUGAGCACCAAUUUUGCGGGGGGCGGCUGGAGAAGGCCCAGGGAACCCUGACCACGCCCAACUGGCCCGAGUCCGAUUACCCCCCGGGCAUCAGCUGUUCCUGGCACAUCAUCGCGCCCCCGGACCAGGUGAUCUCACUGACCUUCGGUAAGUUUGACCUGGAACCUGAUUCCUACUGCCGCUAUGACUCAGUCAGCGUGUUCAACGGAGCUGUGAGCGACGACGCCAAGCGGCUGGGGAAGUUCUGCGGCGACACCGCCCCGGGUCCCAUCUCCUCUGAAGGGAACGAGCUCCUUGUCCAGUUCGUCUCGGACCUCAGCGUCACGGCCGACGGCUUCUCAGCCUCCUACAGGACUCUGCCGCGGGGCGCCACUGAAGAAGGGCCGGCCCGGAGCCCAGGGGAGGACUCCCGGUCGAGUCCCCCGCUCCUCAGCCCAGGCCCCAAGCCUGGAGCCGGGACCAAAGUCAAGCCUGAACCCCUACCUGAGGAAAAACUGAAGGCCCUACCUAAGGCAGAGGCAGCUCCGGUGGGCCCCGGUGCAGCCAGUGUCCCCUGCCCAAAGCAGUGCCGGCGGAAAGGCACCUUGCAGAGCAACUUCUGUAACAGCAACCUGGUGGUGACCGCAACAGUGAAGUCCAUGGUUCGGGGCCCAGGGGAGGGCCUCAUGGUGACUGUCAGUCUCAUUGGUGUUUACAAAACCGGAGGCCUGGAUCUGCCAUCUCCACCCACUGACACCUCCUUAAAGUUUUACGUGCCCUGCAAGCACUGCCCCCACAUGAAGAAAGGAGCCAGUUACCUGCUGAUGAGCCAGGUGGAAGAGAACAGAGGUCUCAUCCUUCCUCCAGAGAACUUCGUGGUUCCCUACCGGCCCAACCAGGACCAGAUCCUCACCAACCUCAGCAAGAGGAGGUGCGCAUCCCAGCCUGUUCAGGCUGCUGGGUCCCAGGUCUAAGCCCAGGCCAGCCUCGGACUGUGGCCCUAAGGACCCCUUUCUUAUCCAAAUAAAUGUUUCUUGACUGAGGAAGGGG